UGACAACAAAGACUCAAUUCUGGACAAAAGCGGAAACUAUAGCACAGAUGCAAACAAUGAGACCAUUGAUUACCGAAAGGUUAUCAAACAAUUGCCGACGACUAUAAGCCUGAAACAUGUUAAAGAAUCGAUGGAUAAGGACACGGCGUGCUGUAUGUUAGGCCAGAUAGCGGGUGAUAAGGGCUAUCACUGCCACGCGAUGUUCUAUGGCUUCAAUAUAUUGGAGCGGAACACGAAUCGCGCCCACAAUCAGAAACUACCCUUUUAUGGAAGGGAUAAAAUGCCUCAUUUUGGCGAAAAAUUGAUGCUUAAAUUUGAGAAAUGUUUGACCAAAAAGGGCCACAUUUUCAAUAAGUGCUGUCAUUGGGCGGCCAAUGAUAGGCAGAAUUUGCUGAAUCCUCAAUACAAUACAUUACAACACUAUUUAUAUAAUCGCCAACAACGUGGUGGAAAUCUGUAGCUAAAUGUUAAGUCAAUCAUGUAUUUAACCACACAAUUAAA